AUGGAGGCUCAACAGCAGAAGUCGGGAAAGCCCUGGAGUGGCACAAAUCGAAUCCCUAACAUCAAGGAGUUUGUUGCACAUCUUGACAAAGACAAGUCCGAAAGAGACAAGGCUAUCGAUGCACAGAAGCUUGCUGGAGAGGCUCAAAAGUAUUCGGCUGAAGUCACUCCGCACAAGAAUGAACAACAGAAGAAAGGCGGCAAAACAGUAACGGAUCCGGUCACUGGCAACCAGGUGGUCAUUGCCGAUGUCGGGAAGGAGUAUAUGGAAAGGGCCGAUAACCCCAAGCUAUCAGUGCCAAAUGCCAACCUGGGCCGACCUACUACAGUAGCGACGGAUCCUUCGCAGAAGAACCCAGAGUACAAGGAAAAGCAAGACAUCACUGCUCCUCCAGACCCGGUUGCCGAGGGCAGCACUUCUGACGUCCCCAUUCAUGGAGAAAAGACCAACAUUCUGUUCCACCCGACCCCUUCAGUCAGUUAUGAGCCGAUGUUCGAGCUUCUCGAAAAUCGGGCUGGUGGAUUAUGCAUUGCCAUCCUCAUAUCCAUUAUCGUUUUCGGGAAAAUGUUCGGCGGCUCUCUUAAGGGUCUGAUUCCAUUGGGCAUGUGCCUCGCUUCUGCCGUCUGGUUGUGGAUGAAAGAGGUGGUACGAAGUGGCCGUGAGGUGGAAUGGAGCAGUGAACAGAGCAGAGGAGAAACGGCUGUGGCCAACCUCCUCCCUGAAUCAGUCGAAUGGAUGAACACAUUUCUGGGCGUCGUUUGGGGCUUGAUCAACCCGGAUAUGUUUGCCGCUGUGGCAGACACCCUAGAAGAUGUCAUGCAAGCAUCUGUCCCGGGUGUCAUCAACAAUGUCAGAGUGGCCGAAAUCGAUCAAGGAAGUAACCCAAUCCGAAUUCUCAGUCUGCGCGCUUUACCUGACUCCAAAAUGCACGAGCUUAAGAAGAGCAUUCAUGAAGAGAACAAGAAGACCAAAGACCCUCAGGAGGCGGCAGCAGACGAAGAAGGUGGUGAUUAUUAUAAUCUCGAGAUUGCCUUUGCGUAUCACGCCAAACCCGCUGGUAAUCGUGCGUCUGCUGCUUCGAGGGCCAGAAACAUGCACAUGAACCUUGUCUUCUAUCUCGGAAUCAAAGGGCUCAUCGGCGUGCCACUUCCUAUUUUCGUUGAACUUCAAGAGCUUGUUGGAACCGUCCGCUUGCGGCUGCAGAUGACCCCCGAACCACCUUUUGCAAAGAGUCUCACCUUCACCCUGAUGGGAGUUCCUCAUGUUCAAGCCGGCUGCAUUCCCAUGGUGCAGAAGGGGGUUAAUAUCCUCAAUCUGCCGUUGAUAUCAAACUUCGUCAACUAUGCGAUCGGCGCAGCGGCAAGCAUGUAUGUGGCUCCCAAAUCAAUGCAGCUCGACCUGAAAUCCAUGCUGCAAGGAGACGACAUCACCAAAGAUACACAGGCCAUGGGUGUCAUGUGGGUCCGCAUCCAUCGUGCCAUCGGCCUCAGCAAGCAAGAUCGUCGAGGAAGCAAAUAUGGAGGAAGCGAUCCUUACAUCAACCUAUCCUUCUCCAAAUAUGGAAAGCCAAUGUACUGCACUCGUGUCAUCACAGACGACCUCAACCCCGUUUGGGAAGAAACCGCAGCUCUUCUUGUCACACCUGAGCUCAUCAAAGCCGACGAACAACUCAGCGUGGAGCUGUGGGACUCCGACCGCAACUCUGCGGACGAUAUAGUUGGAAAGGUUGAGCUGUCAAUGCAGAAAAUGAUUCAACAUCCGGGCAAAAUGUAUCCUCAAAUCUCAAAACUCGCUGGCACCCACCAGGGCAGCGAGAUGCCGGGUGAGCUGCAUUGGGAAGUGGGCUACUUUGGCAAACCCAAAUUUCGACCUGCUCUUCGUACCGAUGGCAAAGACAAAAACCUACCGGACGAGCUUAAGAACGACGAGAAGCUCCAAGAUGAGAAAGGUGUUAUUGACUCUGAAGACGCAGAUGCUGUGGCACAUACUCCCCCUGACCCGUUGUGGCCUAGUGGUAUCUGCAGUGUUAUCAUUCACCAAAUUGUCAGCCUCGAACUCGAGAACAUCAAGGGCAGUGAUGGCAAUAGAAAGGGUAAAGAGUUUGAGCCAGCCAAGCCCUAUGGGGAGGGCACCGACGAAGAGUCGAUCAAACUCCCAACUUCUUACUGUACAAUCCUGUUCAAUGAUACGCUGGUGUACCGCACACGAGCCAAAGCCGUCAGCAGCAAACCCAUCUUCAACGCCGGCACCGAACGCUUUAUGCGAGACUGGAGGUCCGGAAUAGUCACAAUCACUGUGCGUGAUCAGCGGAAUCGCGAGCACGACCCUAUCUUGGGUGUUGUGCCCCUUCGCCUAUCAGAUAUACUCACCACGAGUUCUCAAGUGACCAGAUGGUAUCCUCUUGACGGUGGCAUUGGGUUUGGCAGAAUCAGGGUUUCGUUGCUUUUCCGAAGUGUUGAAACUCGACUCCCUCCUAAUAUGCUAGGCUGGGAUGUUGGCACCUUUGAAUUCAUUUCGGACAGAAUCGUGGCCACAGGUUGGAAGGCCAAUUCAAAGCUGAAACUCCGCACAGGUGGUAGCGUUGGCAAAAUCCCCCGAACACAAUGCAACAGUAAUGAAGGUGGUGAUGGCAUCUACUUUGAUGUCUCCAGUGAGAACAACAACCACAUCCGUCUACCUGUCAAGUACCGAUAUCGAUCUCCGGUCAUCUUUGAAUUCCACGUGACAGGCAAACGUGGAGCAGCGGCGUACGCUUGUAUCUGGCUUCAGAAUUUGAUUGACAACGAAGAAACACCAAUCGACAUUCCCAUUUGGACGACCAAGAAUGGCAACCGACUCGUUCAAAACUACAUCACCGAAGAGAAUGCCAAAGCAUUUAUGGAUAAAGGAUUAGAAGAUCUGAAGGAAGUUGGCCGACUCCAGUUCCGAGGCCGCUUCAAGGCUGGCAUGGAUGAGUCGCACCGAGACUUCAUCGUGGACAACAAUAGUCGGGAGACUUAUGAAACGUUCGAGGCAUGCUUGACCGAAGGUGUGCGCGAGCGAGUUGUCCAAGGCGAGGUGCCAGAAAAUAUCCAAGAACUGCACGAGGCUUCCCUGAAAGAGGGCCGUGAUAUUCUCCACCAAGAAGUGUCGGAGAAAGAGAAACGCAUAUGGCUCAGCAAGACUGGCGAAGACUGGUCUGGGGCAUUCAGUCAUGAUCCCAGGGCUUACACCAAUAAAAAGCAUGAAAAGAUUGCCGAGCCCGGUACUGACGAACCUCCCCAUGAUCCAUAUAACCCGUCAGAUAAUGAUGAUGACGACGACGAGCCUAUUGAUGAUGACUCGUCAGACUUGGGCAUCACUGAUGCCACCAAUGCUCCGGAAGGAGCAUUCCAGAAGGACCCGAAGGACGUUGAUGGCCUAAAUGGCCAUGCUGAAGGUAUGAAUGGGCGGCCCAGUGCUGAUACCACAGCAACAGGUGAGACCGGCUAUACAACCAUGACCGAGACAUCGACGAACUCAGUCCAACCUGUGCAGAAGAGAGAUAGCGGUUUCGAGAAGAAGACCGGAAAACGAGCGGAGGAACGUAAGCAUCGAGGGUUGUCGCAAUGGACACCGGCGAGAAACGUCAAGUUUGCCAAAGAUGAAGCCAAGAUUGGAAUGAGCAAGAUCAAGAAACGAUUCACAGGAGGGCUCGGUGGAAGAGAGCCUGGUGUCGAGACCGAGGCUUGA